UGCUCGUAUAUAUAUGGGUCGCUAGGGCCUGUUGCUGAUACGCAUCGGCCUAGCUAGCUUGGUAUAACCGUAACAAUGGCGGCUCGUACUUUUCUUCUACUCCUCCUCCUGCUGCUGGCGCCGCCGGACUCGUCCACUGCGUCGGUGGCCGGGCUGAUUCCCAAGCUCAAAUUCUUUGAAAAAUCUAUCUCGGCCAUCGAGGAAGUCGCCGGCUAUUACCUGGAGGAAAAGAAGGAGGAGGGCGUCAAGGACGUCUCCGGCGAGCAGAGCAGCGCCGACGACCGCCAGCUGGGCAGCUCGGCGGCGGACAGCUACGGCGCCUUGAUCUUCGACCUCCCCAUCGGGUCAUCGCCGCCACAGGUCCUCCCCUUUGUCAUGGACAUCACCACCGACCUCGUCUGGGCGCAGUGCGGCAAGCCCGGGCCCACAUAUGCGCCCACCUUCCGGCCGAACCGCUCCGACUCCUUCGCCCCGAUCGGCUGCGCCGACCCGGCAUGCACCCGCCUGAUGCCCAAGUACAAAUGCGCCGGCCCCGGCGACCGCUGCGGUGGCACGUCGGCCUUCCUCGCCACCGACACGUUCACCUUCGGGGCCACGCCCGCCAAAGGCAUGGUGUUCGGCUGCAUCGGCAAGGUCCCGGAGCGGAACCUCAACAGCUCAUUCGGCUCCGCGGGCUUCAGCAGGGGGCCGCUCUCGCUUGUGUCGCAGCUCCAGAUCUCCAGAUUCUCCUACUUCAUCGACGACGGUGGCGGCGACAAGAGCUUUUUCAGCUUCAGCGUCGGAGACGACGCGGCGCCGGCCAAGGAUAAGGGCAGCCGGAGCACGCCGUUGCUCAAGGGCAAGCACCCUGACCUGUACUACGUCAAGUUAACAGGCGUGCAGGUCGACGGCGAGCUCCUCAAGGACAUCCCGGAGGAGACCUUCUCCGGCUCCGGCGGGGUGAUCCUCAGCACCACCCUUCCCGUCACCUACCUCGAACACGCCGCGUACAAGGUUCUGAGGCAGAAGUUGUUGACCAAGAUCCUGCAGCAGAAGGUGGUCGGGGUACCCAAGAGCCCCGAUGACGACCGCCUGUGCUUCCCCACCAAGGAAUUUGCCGCUGUCAAGGUUCCUAGGGUCGCCAUGGUGUUUGACGGUGCCGACGCGACGAUGGAGCUCAAUGUGAAGAACUACUUCUUCGACAUCGCCGGGAUCGCCGUGGAUGGUUCGAGGGACUUCAGGAACUAUCUCCACCAACUUUUCUUCCGCUGCAACUCGAGGCUUCGGUUCGAGGGAUUGUCGUGGAUGGUUCUAGGGAUCAUCGUGGACGGUUCGACGGAAUUCAAGGACUAUCUACACCAACUUUUCUUCCGCUACAAUUCAAAAAUGGCUUCAGAGGUUGACAUAUCGGUAUAUUUGUCCAUCAUCAAGGAGAUUAGAUAUCUUAUGUCUCUACGUGAAAAUUCUAUUACUCAUGUAAGUCGUAGCCAAAAUAAAGUUAGUGAUAGCUUAGCUAAAUUUGCUCGUAGUGAGGGUAGAACCAUGACUUGGUUAGGUUCUGGUCCUCCUGAGGCUUUGGAACUAGCUGCGAUUGAUUGUAAGGACUUUGGUGGAUGA